UCUGUCUCAGCAAGUACUCAAAAGCUUUCUUCCCCUCUAUUUUUCUCUCUCAUCCUCGUCCAUGGUUUCUUCGUUCUCUGCUUGAUCGUUUCGAAACCCUAAUUCCACCACGACAAUCUUUUUUCUUACAGAUUCGAGUAAUCUAAAUAGUGUGGAUCGUUUGAAACGCUUCUCGUUUUGUGUCACAUUUUGCUCUGUCCGCUCGCUGUUUGGUUUUUGUUAUUGGACGAAAUCGGCGCGGUUCUUCAAACUUCUGGGAGAUAUUCGGUAUAUUUCGAGAGUCUGACUUUGAUCGGAAGCAAAGCGACGUCUGAGAAACGUCGAAGUUUCUAGAAUUUCGUUUCUUCUUUCCUCGGUCGGAAUUUGCGCGAGGAGGAUGAGAUUUGAAGGAUGAACGAUGCCGGUGUUGCGUAACGGAGCGAACAGGGGCCGGGGAGCAGCGAAACAACAGGAGCGGCUGCAGAGUCCAGCAGUGGAAGGGGAGGCGAUUGCGACAAGGACCCGGAGGCGGCGUGCAGCGGCAGCGGCGGCAGCUGUGCCGAAGACUAACAACAGCAACGAAAAUAAUAAGCAUAAGCAACAACAACAGCACCCGCCGGUGCAGGCGGUGGUGGUAAAUGAGCACGUAGUUGUUGCUGCGAAGGAAGAAGAGAAUCGGGGAUUGGGGGAAGGUGUUGGUGCGGCUGGAGCGGAGAGGGAAGAGGUAGCCGAGAAAGAGAUGGUUGGACAUGACAGCGGAGGUCGGAGCAAUGACAAGGCCAAUGCCGGUGGUGAAGAUGAUGCCAAUACUCCCGAGGUUCCUCAGAAGAUCCAAGUAGGUAAUUCCCCUUGUUAUAAAGUAGAAAGAAAACUUGGCAAGGGUGGAUUUGGUCAGGUAUAUGUUGGACGACGCUGUAGUGGAAAUUUGAAUGAGAGAACUGGACCUGGGGCUGUGGAGGUUGCAUUAAAACUUGAGCAUAGAACUAGUAAGGGGUGUACCUAUGGACCACCCUAUGAGUGGCAAGUAUACAACACUCUCGGUGGCAGUCAUGGUGUCCCACAAGUACACUACAAGGGCAGGCAGGGCGAUUACUAUGUCAUGGUUAUGGAUAUACUGGGACCUAGUCUGUGGGAUGUUUGGAAUAAUAAUAACUCUCAUGCCAUGUCCACUGAAAUGGUUGCUUGUAUUGCAAUUGAAGCAAUAUCUAUAUUGGAAAAAAUGCACUCUCGAGGAUAUGUGCACGGGGAUGUGAAGCCUGAAAAUUUUCUGCUUGGUCCUCCUGGGACGUCUGAUGAGAAAAAAUUGUUCCUCGUAGAUCUUGGAUUAGCUACUAAGUGGAGGGAUAGUGCAACAGGCUCACAUGUGGAAUAUGAUCAAAGACCAGAUGUGUUUAGAGGCACAGUCCGCUAUGCUAGUGUUCAUGCACAUUUAGGGAGAACUGCAAGCAGGAGGGAUGACUUGGAAUCUCUUGCAUAUACAUUGAUUUUUCUCCUCCGAGGUCGCCUUCCUUGGCAGGGAUUUCAGGGAGAAAACAAAGGUUUUCUGGUUUGCAAGAAGAAGAUGGGAACAUCUCCAGAGAUUAUUUGCUGCUUUUGUCCUCAACCUUUUAAGCAGUUUGUUGAACAUGUUGUGAACUUAAAGUUUGAUGAAGAACCCAAUUAUGCAAAAUAUAUUUCUCUAUUUGAUGGAAUUGUCGGUCCUAACCCAGAUAUUAGACCAAUUAAUACAGAAGGUGCACAAAAGCUCAUUGGCCAUAAGAGAGGCCGGUUAGCAAUGGAAGAAGAGGACGAUGACCAGCCAAAAAAGAAGACUCGUAUUGGUUUGCCAGCAUCACAGUGGAUUAGUGUUUACAAUGCUCGUAGACCAAUGAAACAAAGAUAUCACUAUAAUGUAUCAGAUGCAAGGUUAUCCCAGCACAUUGAGAAAGGAAAUGAGGAUGGCUUAUAUAUUAGCAGUGUUGCUUCAUGUCAGAGCGUAUGGGCAUUAAUCAUGGAUGCGGGAACAGGUUUCGCUGGCCAAGUUUACGAACUGUCACCCUUUUUCCUCCAUAAGGAAUGGAUCGUGGAGCAAUGGGAACUAGGUUACUACAUCAGCGCAAUUGCUGGAGCUGCAAAUGGGAGCUCGCUAGUAGUAAUGUCCAAGGGUACACAGUUUGUGCAGCAAUCAUACAAAGUCAGUGAUUCAUUUCCUUUUAAGUGGAUUAACAAAAAAUGGAGGGAGGGAUUUUACGUGACUUCAAUGGCCACCUCAGGGCCGAGAUGGGGAGUCGUGAUGUCUCGUGGUGCAGGAUAUUCAGAUCAGGUGAUUGAACUAGACUUUCUGUAUCCUAGUGAGGGGAUUCACAAGCGGUGGGAUAGCGGUUACAGAAUCACAUCUACUGCUGCAACUUGGGACCAAGCUGCUUUUGUCCUUAGUGUACCAAGGAGGAAACCUUUAGAUGAAACUCAGGAAACACUUAGGACUUCUGCUUUUCCUAGUACACAUGUCAAGGAGAAGUGGGCUAAGAACCUCUACAUUGCUUCUAUAUGCUAUGGACGUACAGUUUCUUGAGCCCUGCAAACGUGGCUGCAGCCAUGCCCCAAGAAAUUUUGAUGACUAAAGUUUUAAUUAUUUGUAUGUAUCAGAAUGAACGCUUUCAGGGAAACUAAACUGGAAUACCCCUGGUUGCCAUUCGUGUGGAAAUUGUUUCUAUGUCAAUGAUUAGUUUAAGUUAUUAUGAUAUUUCUUCAAUCA